CUUCCUUUUCAAAGUGAGGCGAUCAUGGCGGUCGGCAAAAGCAAAAACCAGGGGAAGUCUGGCAAGAAGGGAGGAAAGAAGAAGGUGGUCGACCCCUUCACCCGUAAGGACUGGUAUGACAUCAAGGCGCCUUCGAAUUUCAAGGUCCGCCAGAUGGGCAAGACGCUCGUCAACAGGACGCAGGGCACCAGGAUUGCUUCUGAUGGACUGAAGGGCCGUGUCUAUGAGGUGUCGCUGGCGGAUCUGCAGCAGGACCAGGAUGCUGAGAGGUCUUUCCGCAAGUUCAAGCUUAUCUGUGAGGAGGUUCAGGGCAAGAACUGCCUGACCAACUUCCAUGGCAUGGAUAUCACCACUGACAAGCUGAGGUCUAUGGUCAAGAAGUGGCAGACUCUGAUCGAGGCCAACGUGGACGUGAAGACCACCGAUGGCUACCUGCUGCGCGUCUUCUGCAUCGGCUUCACGAAGAAGAACCCCAACUCCGAGAAGAAGACCGCCUACGCGCAGCACUCUCAGAUCCGCAACAUCCGCCGCACCAUGGUGGAGACCAUCACUAAGGAGGUGUCGUCCGUCGACCUGAAGGAGGUGGUCAACAAGCUGAUCCCGGACACCAUCGCCAAGGACAUCGAGAAGGCCUGCAGCAAAAUCUACCCGCUGCACGACGUCUACCUGCGCAAGGUGAAGGUGCUGCGCCGGCCGCGGUUCGACAUGACCAAGCUGCUCGAGCUGCACGGCGACAGCAAGAACACGACGUCCAACGUGGGCGAGGCCGGCGCGCCCGUGGAAAAGGCGGACGGCUAUGAGCCGCCUGUGCUCGACUCCGUGUAACUAGGAAAUAUACGAGCCGCCGUGUCA